AUGCCACCACUGUCUUUAUCAACAAGUAAUAGUUUUUUUCUGCGCCUUGAUCAGGCUGGUAUGGACAAAUUUCGCCGGGCAGAUGUUGAGGGUUCCCUCCAGGACUUCAACAGCGCCCUUGAGUUGGACCCUGACAUACGGCCAUACCUGUGGCAGCGGGGCCUUAGCCUCUUUUAUGCAGGCAGUUGUCCUUGUUGGUGUGCAGGGCAGUAUGAAGAGGCUAGUCAACAGUUCAGGGAUGAUGUGGCGGUGAAUCCCAAUGACACAGAGGAGGCCAUAUGGGCGUUUCUGGCUGAGGCGUGCCUUUCAGGGCCAGAGACGGCAAGACAGAAAUUCUUGAAGGCACGCGCCACAAAUGAAUUUUUAUUGCAGGUCGGAGAGGAUCCGAGGCCAGUCAUGCGAGCAGCAUACACAGCCUUCCAGGAUGGUAGUGAUCCAGACAGCAUUCUGAAAGCUGUAGACCCAGCCAGAGGCAGUCAUGACAGUUUCUAUGCGCAUCUGUAUGUGGGCCUUUACCAUGAGUCCAUGGGGAAUGCGAGCAAAGCAGAGGAGGCAAUACUUGCUGCAGUUGGGACGCCAUACGCCCAGCAAUCUGGCGACUAUAUGGCGGGAGUUGCUGCCGUGCAUUGUAUUACACGAGGCAUCAAGCCCUCAUAA